AUGUUCCCCGGAAACCUGAACAUCGACAGAAGGAAGUGCAAACGAACUGUGCCCAUGCAGGUUCUCAGUCUGGGAAUGUCGCGGACCGGCACUGCGUCACUGAAAGUGGCUUUUCACAUUCUGGGUUACCAUGAUGUCUUUCACAAUCUGAAUACGAGCCAGAACCUCCGCGAAUGGGACAUCUGGAAUGAACUCGCACAGGCCAAAUACGCAAAGGACCCAGAUCCUUCGACAAUAGAUUGGAGAAAAGAAUUCGAUGGAUUGCUGGGUCAUUGCGAAGCAGUAACAGAUACCCCACCAGCAUACUUUGCGCCAGAACUUAUUACCGCCUACCCAGAGGCUAAAGUGGUCAUCCCUCUCCUUGAAGCCAUGUGGAAUCCUAUCUACAAGGUCCUCGCCUUCCUCGAUCCGCAGUGUGUGGGCAAAUGGCACGCAAGUAACAAAGAGGAGAUGAGGAUGAAUCUACGAGCUGCAUAUUAUGAGCAUUAUGAUACUAUUCGAGCGGUGACGCCUCCAGAAAGGCUACUCGAGUACGAACUGGGAAGUGGAUGGGAGCCGUUGUGCAAGUUCCUCGGAAAGCCUGUUCCUAAUGAACCUUUCCCUCGUGUGAAUGAGAAAGCGGCGUUGAAGGAGUGGAUUGCUAUCACGACAAGGCGAAGCAUGUUCAACGCUCUCAGGAGUAUUGUAAUCGUAGGUGGGAGUUUUGGGGCUGUAGUGUUUGGGCUUUAUUACAAGCUCAAGAAUUGA